UCUCUAUUUUUCCUUGUUUCUUUAGUUUCUUUCAUUUCUUUGAGUUUAGAUUAAAAAAAUAAAAUUAAAUUUUUUUUUUAAAAAAAAAGUUUUAAAACGUGGAACAUUUUGGCCCAAUAACAAUCAUCUCAGCUAAUCAUUAAUCAAGUUCUCAAGGAACAUCUCAAGGCGCCUUCUCAGCCGGGGCGCGAAACAGAAAUGGAAGUUGGAGCGACGGCGACUACAUCUGAGGGCAAUGGCAAGUCAAUCUCUAUCAAUGUCAAGUUCACCGGAAAGUCAAUACCAAUUACUCUUCCCUCCGAUUCCACCGUAAAGGAUCUAAAAUCCCUUCUUCAACCUUUAACCAAUGUCCUUCCUCGUGGCCAGAAGCUCAUCUUCAAAGGGAAAGUUUUGGCGGACGACAUGACGUUGGCGGCGUCGGAGGUGGCUAGUGGAGCGAAAAUGAUGCUCAUGGCUUCUCAGGGACUGCACCAAGGGGAUGGCCCUAUCCAGCGAGAAGCGAGGACUCGUCCCAGAGAAAGGAGUAUGCAAAAUGCAACUAAAUUGGUUGAUGAAAAGCAGCGUGUCUCUGUAGAUAAAAGCCGGUUUGAAAGAUGGAAGGCCACUGGAGUGAUAGCCUUAUCUGACUGCAAUUUGAAAGCAAUUCCCAAUGAAGUGUGGUCUUGUGAAACUUCAGCGAGAGUGCUUGAUUUGAGCAACAACUCUAUUAACCAUGUUCCUUCUCAAGUUGGCUGUCUAAGUAAACUGCAGAAAUUGUUACUGAAUGUUAAUGAGAUAUCUGAAGAGUUUAUUAGUUGGGAUGGAUUUGCAUUUUUGAAGCAUCUAACAGUUUUGUCUCUAUCCCAUAAUCUGUUAACUACUUUGCCUUCUUCACUUGGGAGUCUGACUUCACUAAAGCAACUCCAUGUGACUAAUAACAAAUUGACGAGUCUCCCAGAUGAAAUAAAAUGUUUGUCCCUACUUGAAGUUUUGAAAGUCAGCAAUAAUAGGAUAAGCAUUGUUCCUUCAACUAUUGGGGAAUGUAGUUCUCUUACAGAGGUGGAUCUGUCAUCAAAUCUUCUGUCAGAGUUGCCCGAGACACUAGGUUGUCUGCUCAAUUUGAAGGCUUUGCAUCUGAGUCAUAAUGGCCUAAGGUCCCUACCUUCUACAAUAUUUAAGAUGUGCAUCCAACUCUCUACACUUGAUCUCCACAACACAGAAAUCACCAUAGACCUCCUUCGACAGUAUGAAGGAUGGGAAGCUUUUGAUGAACGUCGACGUUUAAAGCACCAGAAACAACUGGAUUUUCGAGUUAUGAAUCAGGCUAACUUUGAUGAAGGUGCUGAUAAACAUUGAUGCUUCAUUGCAAUUUUUUUUAAGUUGGAACAUGUCAAUUAAUGCGAUAGUGGCCCUACCUGAAACCAGAAUUUUUCAGGUUUUAGCUCAACUACAUUUGUUAGGUUAUGGUGUUGGAAAAUGAUUAUUGGCAAAAUAUUUGGGAUAGAUGAUGGAUCGUCAAUUCUGAAUUGACCUUUUUUUUCCUGCCGGAUAAUUUUCUCACGUGACUUGAACUAUGUUUAUUUUAAUUUCUAUGAGAAGUUUUA